GUGAGAUUACCACUGAACAGUUACAGUUCAACACUUUUGAGAACACCAUGCAAUUGGGAUACAGCUACCUUAUGCUUGUGAUUUCCUUCAGUCACGUAAGGGUUCAAGUUGUACCCAAUCAGUGUCCGAAUGGAUACAUUCAACAGAGUAAUACUAAUAGCUGUGUUGAUGACGAUGAGUGCUCUGGAGGGAAAGACAUUGUAAAAGCUUUAUGUGGUGCAAAUGCUGUUUGUUACAACACAGCGGGAAGCUUCUAUUGUAAAUGUAAGGAAGGAUAUAUCAACUCAAACAAUGGAAGUAACUUCACAAAGCGGGAAAACUGCACAGAUAUCGAUGAAUGCAAGUCUUCACCUUGUCACAAACAUGCAACUUGCAUCAACGUAAUGGGAUCCUACCAGUGCAACUGCAAAACAGGGUUUCAGGCAUUACCUGCGACCACCAAACUCACAGCAGGGAAAGUUUGUGAAGUGGAUGCACUUUCCUGUCCUGUCUCUGAGAAGCAGAACUCUACGCUGUCACAGUGCAACUUGGAUUAUUCAGCAAAUGCCCAGCAGUUAAACUCUGCAGAAGACGUGCUGAAGUUAGCUGAUUGCUACCGUGAUAAAAUCUGUCAGAAUUUCAGUGGGACGAAGGAUACCAGGGAUAUAACAACAUUUGUAAACAGUGUUCUUAAUAGUUCCCGGCUGAAGAGCAUGGACACCACUCAAAGGCUGGAGGUGGCAACGGCCACAGUGGACCUCUUGGAGAACAUGGCAAUGGCGAUUGCUCUGAAACUAUCCAGUUCAAAGGCAGAGACCAUAGAAACAAACUCUUUUGUUCUUAAGGUCAUGGUGCCUGAAAGGAACAAUGUGAGUGCAGACCAACUGGUGAAAUUGGAAACUCAGAAUAAUUCCUUCGAAAUUUACCGGAGAACCAUUGCUGGAGAAAAUAACACUGAGUUUCAGGCCGUUUCCUUAAUUGUAUUCAAAGACUUGGAAUCCCUGCUGAACCAAGAGAUUAAAGGCGGACGUCCAUCUCAGAACAAUGUCUCAUUAAACUCAAAGGUGAUAGCCGCCACCAUCAGCAACAAAGCCGUCAGAUCUAAUCUGAAGGAAAAGUUCAAUUUGACUCUGAAACUCAACCAGGAAGUCGGUGAAGAGCCAGAAUGUGUCUAUUGGAGUAAUACCAAAAAGAACAGUGUCUGGAAAUCUGAUGGUUGUGAACUGAUCAAUUCCAAUCAGACCCAUGUAAUCUGCCAGUGUAACCACCUGACAAGCUUUGCUAUUUUAAUGGCUCCAGUUAAGAUUGAGAGUGACGACGGGCACUUGAAAGUGAUCACCUGCAUCGGCCUCAUCAUCUCCCUGCUCUGCCUUGCCGCCUCUAUCGCCGUAUUUGUCAACUGCAAAUCUAUCCAGAAUGCUAACACCAAUCUUCACAAGCACCUGAGUAUCACCCUCUUCCUGGCACAAUUCAUCUUUCUAAUCGGGAUGUGGAUUAAACAGCCGGUCGUGUGCGCCCUGAUUGCCGGGUGUCUGCAUUACCUCUUCCUUGCCGUCUUCGUCUGGAUGUUCCUGGACAGUCUGCAGCUUUUCAUCAUGUCCAGAAACCUGACAGUCACCAAUUACACUCGCACACAUAUCAUCAAACGAAGAUACUUGUACGUUUCUGCUUAUGGUGUUCCUGCUGUGAUAGUCAUUAUCUCAGCAGCAAUAUACCCCAGAGGCUAUGGAACAGAAACCGCCUGUUGGCUGAAGCACAAGUUGGGGUUUAACUGGAGUUUCCAGGGCCCAGUCUGUUUCAUGAUUCUGGUCAAUACAGUCCUUUUAUUUGCGACUCUCUACUUACUGAGACGCCACUUCAACUCGCGCAACAAGGAGGUGUCGAAGCUGAAGGAAACCAAAUCCCUAACCAUUAAGGCUGCAGCACGGAUGUUUGUUUUGGGAUCCACAUGGAUCUUUGGGAUAUUUCAAGUUAAUAAGAGCACUACAGUGUUCUCCAACUUAUUCGUUAUCAUCAACAGUCUCCAGGGUCUGUUCGUUUUCCUUAUUUACUGCAUUCUCAAUCACCGGGAAUUUGGAACUAAUGACAUGUUGGCUUUCAUAACUUGA